AUGGCAAGAAGCUCUCGUCCACCUCUUUUACAGGUUCCUGGUUUACAGAUUUUUUCGAAGCUGAAAUCAGAUGAAGAGGAUGGAUUUAUGAGCUCCAGUUCAACUCUUGAUAGAGAUACCAUUGUGGGGAUCAGCGAAAGCAACCAUCAGGAAUUUUAUUCUACAUGGCGAAAGCCAUCUCAACUAAGCAACCGGAGCGUACUACAUGAAUACUCACCAACAGUUAUCGGAUCAAAUGGUCGCAUCUUCACACCUUUAAGUUUUAAAAUUCCAGCUAGGCACUUCAAUUGGGAUGAUAUUAUUUCAAAGAUUUUCCUGCAACCACCAUUUGGUUUGAUACAUCAAUUCUUCGAAGAAUACCAAUAUUCAAUCAUUACUUCCCAUUUCCUAAACGAUCUGAACCGUUAUAGGCUAUCAUUACAUAUUAAUCAGUCAAUUAUGAAUUUCCGUGAGGGCUCAGUUAUACUAAAGAAGGUCCCGCUCAAUUCUGGAGCCUUUAUGGCCACAAAAUAUGGUAAGUUGGCGGUAGUGGAGGAAAAAAAGAUGUACUUUAAACGAACUUUUGAUUAUAUUUCCGUGAUGCUCACCUCUUAUAAACUCCUCAGACAGCUAAAAAAAUGUUGUAAAGAUAAAAGUGACCCAAGUUUGAAAAGGGUUGUAACUCCAAUACUCGCCGCGAUAUAUUUAUCAUUGCAACAAGAGUACUUUCGAAACCAUUUGAUUUGCUAUAAAACUUUAGUAGAGGUACAAAAAAUGCUAAGAUCUCUACAGCAAGUUGAUGUAAUGAUUCACAAAUAUCAUUUACGAUACAAAGAAAUAAAAAAUUCUAGGGUCACAUCUAAAGUAGCUCUUAUUCCAGACACCGAAGGGUACUCAUCUAUGAUAGAAGAACUUUUAAUAUUCUCAAGCGACGCGCUAUUCUAUAAACUCAAAACGGUUAUCGGUGAUAUUGUCAUCUCAAGUGAUACCAGCGAGCUUUCGAAAUACUGUGAAAUAUAUGGUAUUGACGUAUCAAGUCUUUACCAUAAUACAACUCUCACAAUUAAAGAUCUUGAUGGUAAACUUUGCCGACUAAAGAUGUUGAAGAAGUUCAUGCUUUGUUGUUUACUCUCUUUGGAUACGACAGGGAGCAAUAGUCUUUCAAAUUCAAGUAUCCAAAAUGCAUUAAACAAAAUUUUUCCUGACUACCUGGUGAAACUACAGCAAAAAAAACAAACUAACUUAAUAGACACAUUUCAGAACAUAACCAACCUUUUAAAAGAUUUGCAUCCGCUACUUUCGGCAGUUUUAAUGUCAUUAAACGACCAUAAACAUACAUUGUAUCCUCUUUCGGAAGAAUUAUUACCAAAUGAUGGUGGAGAAGAAAGCGAUUUGUACUCCUGUCCAAAAAGUGAUCAAACACUUCAAGCGUUAAACCACUUGAAAGCGAUUGAGAACGAUAUACUGGCUAUCAACGUUCAAAACGGAAUAACAAAAAAUGAUAAGAAAACCAUUCAAAACAAAUUGGAAGAGCUAAUAGCCUUCUGGAAAGCCUCGAACAUAUCUACAAAUAAUGAUAUCGAGAGUGGAAAAAAGGUACCAGUAACUAACAUAUUCAACCAUGGUUUUCAUCUGGAUAUCCUCAAAGGGAGAAAGGUUUCAUGUUCUUCUUUAUCGGUACGGAGGCUUAAUUUAGAAAGGAAAGUCGAGUUUAUAGAUGUCAAUGAAUCGGAAAAUGAAUCGUUUGAAAAUGACACAGAAUUAGAAAACAGCGAAGAUUACGCUUCCGACGAGAGAUCUUAUGAGGCUCGUGCAGAUUUAAACCACCCAGUAGAUUUUACUGGAACUUUGACUUGCAAGAGGACAGACUUCAAACAACUCUCUGACAAUGAAUUGAGACGUAAACUGGAUGAAAGAAUUCUAAAACUAGCCCGGGAAAACCGUGAAGGCAGGGAAAGACUACGAACUGCAAAAUCUUUCGAGCUAUUAAGAAAUACCCGAUCUUCCAUUGAAACGGAAUUAGGCUUUCAAGAAUCGCUAAAAAAAAAAGUCGUCUUAGAGAGCGGGUCUCUCAGUAAGUACAAAUUAUCAUCAGAAGAAACUAUUCCCUUUUUAUAUGAACUGGAGCAACUAAUAGGAAAAAAUUCAUAA